UUAAUUUACUUCUCAUUCAGGCUAUGAAAGAUCGUCAUUGGAAGAGAAUGGGUAAUUUGACAGGUUACUCAUUUGAUGUCGAUUCUCCUACUUUUACACUUAGGAACGUUAUGGAAGCUCCGCUACUGAAAUAUAAAGAUGACGUAGAAGACAUCUGCAUAAGUGCCGUUAAAGAAAAAGACAUAGAAGCCAAGCUCAAGCAGGUGAUUGCUGAUUGGGCAGUUGUGGAGUUGUCGUUUUCGAACUUCAAAACUAGAGGAGAGUUACUUUUGAAAGGACAAGAAACGGGAGAAAUUAUUACCGUUCUAGAAGACAGUUUGAUGGUCAUGAAUUCUCUCCUGAGCAACAGGUAUAACGCUCCCUUCAAGAAAGACAUUCAACUUUGGGUUCACAAGUUGGUGGACACUUCUGAAAUCCUGGAGAAAUGGUUGAUUGUGCAGAAUCUAUGGGUGUAUUUGGAAGCUGUUUUUGUUGGUGGUGACAUUGCCAAGCAGUUACCUGCAGAAGCCAAACGCUUCAGCAAUAUUGAUAAAUCGUGGAAUAAAAUAAUGAUUAGAGCCCACGAGAUUCCCAAUGCAGUUGAAUGCUGCACAGGAGACGAAACCAUGGGCCAACUCCUACCCCAUCUUCUGGAACAAUUGGAGACAUGCCAAAAGAGUUUAACAGGAUAUCUAGAAUCGAAAAGGUUGUGUUUUCCAAGAUUUUUCUUCAUAUCGGACCCCGUGUUAUUGGAAAUACUCGGUCAAAGUUCAGAUCCGUCUUCGAUACAAGCACACUUGCCCAGUUUAUUCGAUGCAGUUUUCAAGGUAGAUUUCGAUGAGAAGAAAACUGAUACGAUAAUAGCAAUGAAUUCCGAUCUGGGUGAGAAAGUAGCUUUUGAAAAAGGAGUUCAGUGUGUAGGAGGUGUCGAGUUUUGGUUGAACGGUCUGCUACAAAUGGUGAGAGAUACGGUUAGGAAUGUCAUCGCUGCACAAGCUCAAUGUUUCGUAGAUCCGGAUUACGAUUUUAUUGGCGGAUUUACCCAGUUUUGCGGUCAGGCGGGACUUCUAGGCGUUCAAAUUUUAUGGACGAAAGAAGCAGAAAUAGCAAUUAAACGAGCCAGAGUGGAUAGGAUGUUCAUGAAAAUAACAAAUCAGAGAUUCUUGGAUUUAUUAAAUGCCUUCAUCGAUUUGACUUCAAAGGACUUGACAAAAAUGCAAAGGAUACAAUUCGAAACAAUGGUAACAAUCCACGUUCAUCAAAGAGACAUUUUUGAUAACAUCUGCAAAUUGAGAGUCAAGUCGCUACUUGAUUUCGAGUGGCAAGCCCAAUCUAGAUUUUAUUACAACGAUGAGAACGACGAAGUCCUGGUGAAAAUAACAGACGUUAUUUUCCUUUAUCAGAAUGAAUAUCUUGGAAUUACAGAACGCUUAGCGAUCACCCCUCUAACAGACAGAUGUUACAUAACGUUGGCUCAAGCUAUAUGGAUUAACAUGGGUGGUGCCCCUGCUGGUCCUGCCGGUACUGGUAAAACGGAGACCACGAAAGAUAUGGGACGAACUUUGGGCAAAUUUGUCGUCGUCUUCAAUUGCUCGGAUCAGAUGGAUUUCCGUGGACUUGGUCGCAUUUUUAAAGGUUUGGCACAAUCAGGUACUUGGGGUUGUUUUGAUGAAUUCAAUCGCAUUGAGUUACCGGUACUGUCUGUGGCAGCACAACAAAUCUACAUAGUGCUUCAAGCCCGGAAAGAAAGAAAACCCAUGUUUAUUUUCAUGGAUGGAGAUAACGUGUCGAUGAAUAUUGAAUUCGGCAUCUUCCUAACGAUGAAUCCCGGAUAUGCGGGAAGACAAGAACUCCCGGAGAAUUUGAAAAUCAUGUUCCGAAGUGUCGCCAUGAUGGUCCCAGAUCGUCAAAUCAUUAUCCGUGUCAAACUAGCCUCCUGCGGCUUCAAAGAUAACGUUUUCUUGUCAAGAAAGUUUUUCACCCUGUACCAGUUGUGCGAGGAACAGCUGUCGAAACAA